CAGUGUAAAUCACUGUAAAAACGAAAAUAAUGAAGUCCUUUAUUUCGAUGGCUCUCUUUGCGGGUAUAAUUGCCCUAACCAAGGCUGAAGAUUAUGCUUGCCACGAUAAUGUGACUUUCGGCUGCAGCACCGCUGCAGCGAAUCCUGUUAUUUGCCAUUCCCUCUAUGCUGGGAUUGAGAAUGUCGAGUCCAGCAUUCAAUCCUACAUCAACUUGAAUAUGCACAAGUCUUAUCAAUACCUUUUGAUGUCCACCUUCUACAACUCCUACCAAAAGAAUCGUCCUGGCUUCACCAAGCUCUACAAAGAAAUGUCGGACCGCUCAUUCGACGAUGCUAUCGAGCUGAUUAGGCAUGUCACCCGCCGUGGCGGUCAAGUUGACUUCCGUGCUAUCAGCCAACACCCCAACUCGGUUGCUAACAGCAAAUUGAAAUUGGAGGAAGAUGAAUUGCACUCAUUGGGCAUCGCUUUGGAUGUUGAGAAGACCUUGACCGACGGUGCCACCCAUGUGCACUACGAAGCCACCCAUGGACGCCCACAUGACCCACAAACCGCUCAUUUCGUGGAGGAGAAAUUCUUGGGCAGACAGGCUGAGUCCAUCCGCAAGGUUUCCGGCUAUGUCAACGAUUUGUCGAAGAUCAUGAACAAUCCCGACCCCUCAUUGGGUGUCUACCUGUUCGACCAGUACUUGGAAAAGCAGUAAGCGCCAGCAUCGCAGAGUAAAGCACGUAGCGAUUCGGAUGUUUUGAAUUGCUGUUGAUUUGAAGUUCGUGCGGGAGACCGACAUAUAUCCUUCGACUAUGAAACUAUACGUAUUUCUUUAACUGCAAACAACCGAUACGGAAACAUUGUAAUUAAAUUUUAUAUAAAAACAUGCAGAUUCCAGUUGAGCGCAUUUACAUUAGUACAUACAUAUGUGCAUAUGUAUAUUAUUUAUGGCAGUAAAUUCCAACAAAACUCUGCUUUGACACAAACAAAGGCGCAUCUUCAAAACAGUUCAUUUAUUUAGUAUUAGAACCGAGUGCUAUCAAAUUUUUAAAAAUUAAAAAUUACAUAUAUUAAACGAAACUUAAAAAUAUAUAAAA